AUGCAGUCAUUCGAGACUUUUAGGAGCAAGCAAUUGUCACUUGCACAGUUUAGCCAGAUAAGCCGGAAAUGUUCGACAGGACAUUCAACCAAAAAAGGGGGAAAAGUCUUGGGGAAGAUAGAGGGAAUCCAAUUGGGCUGUGUUUUAAGCUGUCAUUACACCAUCAAAACCCAUUUCCGAUUACGCCGCCAGUCACCGGAGCUUCCAUUUCCGAGCUUUCCACCGCCCAAUCGUCGACUCCGUGCACGCCUCAUAACUCGAACUUCACUCUCUUCCAUGGCACUCCAGGUCCAGGACCAACAAUCAUUUCACAAAUCCAGAGAUGUGCUUCCUAAAAUCGACAAAAGUAACCGCUUUUGCAGCCCUAAAGCCGCCCGGGAGCUUGCUUCAUUAAUCGUUUAUGCGUCGUGUUUGCAAGGCUCGGACCCUAUUUGGCUGUUUGAGAAAUGGAUUAACGCAGCCAGAGAACAAGGUUAUGAAUUCGACAAGGAUUCAUUAUUGCAAUACAACCACAUGAGCUUCGGAGAACCUCCGGUCACUACACAAUCCAUUGAAGAAGCCGAUGAGCUUUUAUGCAGCGAUGAGCAGGAUUCCACCAUUGAGGCCGAAGUUCUAUCGGCUCCUCCAAAGUUGGUGUACAGCAAACUUAUUUUGAGUUUCACAAGGAAACUUUUGGUAGCAACAGUGGAUAAACUGAGUUCAGCUUGUAAGCAUUUCAAUAAUGGAGUAGACCAAUGCUAUUUAAUUGUUUGA